AUAUUUCCAAAGAUAAAAGUUAUGUCUGGUUGAGAGAGAGUAGCUUGAUUUUUGAAAGAAGAAAGCAGCUAUGGCUAUAGUAACGACGGGAAGGAAGCGUUGUAUGUAUGUAUGUAUGUAGUUAGUUAUGUUUUGGAAGUAGUUGUCUACCCGCAAAAAUAAAUCGAUCAAUCAAUGAGUCGUUGUGUUUCAUUCAGGUAGGGGCCACAAUCAAAUGAAAUGCCAACCACUGUUCUCACAACACAACACAACACACAUAGUCAAACACAUCGUAAAUUUCGCAUCCAAUCCAAUCCAAUCCAAUCCAAUCCUAAAACACCCAAUUCUCUUACAGUUCAUUCUGCUGACCAGACCAGAUUUGUCCUAGGAUCAUCCACCAGAAAGAAAGAAAGAAAUCCUAUUAGGUUAGGGUUUUAUCAAUAUGUUGGCUCCACCCCCAUCCGCCACGACACCCUUGCUCUACUCUGCCCAAGAUGAUGAUGAUGAUCGAGGUGGAGGAGGCCGGAGGUCAGUCAGGCGACAAAGCUUACGUGACGCCGCUAGGUUUCUGCGCCGAGCCAGCAGCCGCCGUAUCAUGAGGGAGCCGUCCAUGCUGGUCAGGGAAACGGCAGCCGAGCAGCUCGAGGAGAGGCAGACCGACUGGGCCUAUUCCAAGCCGGUCGUCAUUCUUGAUCUCGUAUGGAACCUGGCCUUUGUUCUUGUGGCUGCCGUUGUUUUAAUUCUGAGUCAGGAGGAGGAAACAAUGGCCGCCUGGUUGAGGCUGUGGGUUGUGGGGUAUGCUGUGCAGUGUGUUCUGCAUAUGGUCUGUGUUUGGACCGAGUAUAACAACAGGCGGCGUUCGCAUAAUCUUGAUUCCAAUGGAUCCACCAGCCAGUAUGUUACCUUGGCUAACCUCACCAACAACGAUAACAGUGGGGUGGCAAAGUAUUUGGAAUCUGCAAACACAAUGUUUUCCUUCAUUUGGUGGAUCCUUGGCUUCUAUUGGAUUUCAUCUGGUGGCCAAGCAAUGGCUCACAACUCUCCCAAGCUUUACUGGCUUUCUGUUAUAUUCUUGGCAUUUGAUGUAUUUUUUGUUGUUUUCUGCGUUGCGCUUGCUUGUCUUAUUGGUAUUGCUGUCUGCUGUUGUCUUCCGUGUAUAAUUGCUGUCUUGUAUGCUGUUGCCGAUCAGGAGGGAGCAAGCAAAGAGGACAUUGAACUGCUCCCAAAAUUCACAUUUCGCCGGGAUGGUGCAGCUAGUGAUGAGAUACAAGGACUGUGUGGUGGAGUAAUGACUGAGUGUGGCACCGUAACACCCAUUGAACAUGUUCUCUCACCUGAAGAUGCUGAGUGUUGCAUAUGCCUCUCGGCCUAUGAUGAUGAAGCGGAGCUACGCGAGCUUCCAUGUUCUCACCACUUUCAUUGCAGCUGCAUAGACAAGUGGCUGUACAUCAAUGCAACAUGCCCUCUCUGCAAGUACAACAUUGUCAAGAACCGCACCCAUGGCUGUGAGGAGGCCUAGUCAUUAGUUUUACUUGUAUCAAAUGGCUCUUAAUUAAUUCUUCAGUGUUUUUAUAAAAUUCUGUUUUGUUGCGUGCGUGUCAGCUUUAUUUUUUGGGGGGGUUCAUAAAUCGUGAUUCAUGAAAAACUGAAAGCUAAGUGAAAUACUCAUUAAAUUUGUGUGUGGCAAUGUAUGUUUACUCAUUAUAACAGAUUGAAUUUGCGGAAUAGUGGUGUUUCA